AUGGCUCAAAAAGAUCAAAUCCGCAUCCCUGCCGUGUACAUGCGCGGCGGGUCCAGCAAGGCCGUCUUUUUAAGAGCAGACAAUAUCCCUCCUCCUGGGCCGAUACGUGAUAGCGUAUUAAAACGGGUCAUGGGAACACCAGACCCAAUUCAAGUCGAUGGAAUGGGAGGGGCUAAAGCCGUGACAUCGAAGAUUGCAAUCAUCUCCCCAUCGACGCGGGACAACGUCGACAUCGAUUACACGUUUGCGCAGGUAGGCGUACGAGAUGACACCAUUGAUUAUAAACUCAACUGUGGCAAUAUCUCGGCUGCAGUUGGUCCAUAUGCAAUUGAUGAAGGCCUCAUCCCCCUAUUCCGGCCUGGUCGAAUGCUGGGCGAUGCAAACAUCAAAACGCAAGAGGUUCGUAUCUACAAUACGGGAACGGAAAAGCUCCUGAUCGCACACGUACCUGUCGAUGACGACAGACGUUCUAUCACGCAAGGGACUUGUGGAAUUGCUGGAGUUCCUGGAACUGCAGCUCCCAUACUGUUGGACUAUCGAGAGACUACUGGAGCCGGGUUGAAUCGGGGCAUUCUUCCAACGGGGAAUUCUAUCGAUUUCGUUGACAUUGGGCAAAAGAAGAUUUCUUUUACUAUCUGCGAUGUUGCGAAUGUUUAUAUUUUCGCAUCUGCCUCCGACUUUAAUGUGAGCGGCCACGAAUCGACAGCGGCUUUGACAGCUAAUACCAGAUUGCUGGGAGAAGUGAACGAAUUGCGUGGAAAGGCAGCUCAGAUGGUAGGCAUGUGUAAAGAUUGGGAAAAGCUCCACCACCGCCAUCAUCGUCUCUCACUCCAGAAAGCCAUGUCUCUGGCCGCCUCUUUCUCGAUAACAUGUGUCACGAAAGUAUGGCCGGAACUGGGUCUAUGGCAUUCGGCGCAUGCAGUAGAGUGAAGGGAUCUGUAGUUUUCAAUCAGGUUAGGGAAGAGGCAACUCAC